CAGAGCGCCGCAUGUGAGGGUUCCCACAAACACCUGAAAUCAGAGGCGAGCACUGUUUACAUUUGAAGUAAGGCGCUGGUCAUACGGUGUUAGUGGUGUUUGGCCACUGAUAGUUAAGGUUACUAUAGAUAGUCUGUUAACCACCCGAGCGCUGAGUUCGGCUUUCCCACAGCACUAUGAACAUUCUCGCGAGAAGAGACUUCCAAGACAACCCAGUACGUGGCUUGACAGCUGUGUGCUGGCAGUGUUUGCUUUGGUUUGUCUGUAGGCAGGUUUGGACCAUAGACUGUAUAUGGUUGAUACCUGUGUGUACCUGGACGUCGAAUAACAACCGUGAAUCCGCUACACGUCUUUAAGUCGUGUCCCGUCCACUCUGUCGGCCUGGUAUGGCGGAGAGAGGGCCGUCGGUUGAAUUCUCCGGCUCUCUGACGAGCUCCAUUCUUCCUCCGCCGAGGACUCGCAUCUUCAAAAUCAUUGUGAUCGGGGACUCGGGGGUCGGAAAGACGUGCCUCACCUAUCGCUUCUGUGCAGGCAAAUUCCCCGAGAAGACUGAGGCAACGAUCGGGGUUGACUUCAGGGAGAGACUGGACGAGAUUGAUGGCGAAAAAAUCAAGAUCCAGCUGUGGGACACUGCAGGCCAAGAGCGCUUCAGGAAGUCCAUGGUGCAGCACUACUACCGCAAUGUGCAUGCUGUUGUCUUUGUCUAUGAUGUCACCAACGCUGCUAGCUUCCGCAGCCUCCCUGCGUGGAUUGAGGAGUGCAAGCAGCACGCUCUGGGCACAGAGGUACCCAGGAUCUUAGUUGGAAACAAGUGCGACCUCCAAGACUCCAUCCAAGUGAGCACAGAUGUGGCACAACAGUUUGCAGAUUCCCAUUCCAUGCCCCUAUUUGAGACAUCUGCAAAAAGCCCAAACAGCCAGGGAGAAGGAAGCUAUGGCAGUGGAAACAGUGACCAUGUUGAGGCUAUUUUUAUGACGGUGGCCCACAAACUCAAGUCUCAAAAACCUCUAGUGCUGAGCCAGCCCCCUGGGGGAUCAGGAGGCACCAUCAGCCUGAGUAGGGGGAUGAGUGUUGGAGGAGAUUUGGCCAGGAGCUGGGCCUGCAGCAGCUGCUGAAGAAGAAAAAUGGAGGGAAAGAGUGGAUCCUACAAAAUGGUUUCAACAACUGAAACGAUGUGUUAAUUUGAAAACAAUACAUUUUUCAUGUGCUUGAUAUUACAAACAACUUUUAAUAGUUAAGCUGGGGGCAAUGUGAUUGCUGCAAUGUGGCAAAGCGAUUACCUUGUUCGGAUGUUGGUUGAUGGAAAUGAUUGUGAACACAAAAUCAGAACCUGAGUCAGUUAUCCUGAGAUAGUAAUUGCAGAGCCUGCACUACUUAAGUUUCAAGUCAAUAACUUUGUUUUGUUGAAGCAUAAAACACAGAAACACA